CCAGACCUCGGUGGAGAAUUCCAAGUCUACUCCACCGAGUCACAGACGUUUAUACUACUCCAAUAUCUAAGCUAACAUUCAAAAGAGGUAUUGGUUCGCACACGGAGGUCUUGAGUUUUGUUAUUGUCAUACUUAUAAAUAUGAAGUAACCAGAAACCACGUACGUAUACCCAACAACUAGAAAGCAUGAGGACAUCAUCUAAUGAAGGCUUCACCAUACUUUUUUUCUUAUCCUCUUUAUUUUCCGUCUCAUUAGUCUCUGAAGCUGCAGACACCGUAACGACUGUUCAAUUCAUCACAGAAAAUGAGACCGUUGUUUCAGCUGGUGGAGGCUUUGAACUGGGAUUUUUCAGUCCCGGUAGUUCCAAGAAUCGAUACUUGGGGAUAUGGUACAAAAAAAUAACUACUAGGACCGUGGUAUGGCUUGCUAACAGGGAAACUCCUAUCACCGAUGCAUCAGGUGUGUUAAAGGUCGUCGACCCUGGAAUUCUUGUCCUCUUCAACGGAUCUGGCAACAUUGUAUGGUCUUCCAAUACGUCAAGGUCUGUACACAACCCAGUUGCGCAACUUUUGGAGUCUGGAAAUUUUGUUUUGCGAAAUUCAAAUGAUGACAACCCAGAGAAUUUCCUUUGGCAGAGUUUUGAUUAUCCAGUUGACACGCUGUUGCCAGGUAUGAAGCUGGGAAAGAACUUGUUAGUUGGGCUAGAUCGCCACUUGUCAUCGUGGAAGAGUGAUGAUGAUCCGGCUCAAGGUGAUUAUACAUUCGGGAUGAAUACUCGUGGAUAUCCCCAAUUGAUUACAGACAAUGUUACUACUGUGAUGUUCCGGACUGGCCCAUGGAAUGGUCUUUCAUUUAGUGGGACGCAGAACUUAAAACAUAACACCAUUUACGAAUUCUAUUUUGUAUUUAACAGAGAAGAAGUGUAUUAUGGUUACGAGCUUCUCAACCAAUCAGUUGUUUCGAGGUUAGUGUUGCGCCAGAAUGGUAUUCUGAACCGCUUGACAUGGGUUGAUCGGACACAAGGCUGGAUCCUUUACAAUACUUCACCAGCUGAUACCUGUGACAAUUAUGGAUCAUGUGGUGCUUAUGGUAGCUGUGACAUUGGCAAUUCCCCUAUGUGCGGGUGUUUGGACAAAUUUGUGCCUAGGUACCCAAAGGAUUGGGAUAUGGGAGAUUGGUCAAAUGGGUGCAUGCGGAGGACACCAUUGGCUUGUCACAAGGGAGAGGGAUUCCUGAAGUAUUCCAGAGUCAAACUUCCAGACACGCAGAAAUCAUGGUUCAAUGAGACCAUGACCCUUGAGGAAUGUGGGAAAAUGUGCUUGGAUAACUGCUUUUGUAUGGCAUAUGCAAAUCUUGACAUACGGGGCGGGGGAACUGGCUGCUUGCUUUGGUUUGAGGAUCUAAUUGAUGUAAGAGAGUUCAGUACAGGCGGGCAAGAUAUCUAUUUGAGGAUGGCGGUCUCUGAGUUAGAUGUAGUCCCGGGAGUCCCCCGUGUUGGCUCCAAUGGGAAGAGAAGAGACAGAAUCAUAAUCAUCUUGGCUUUAACAAUAGGAAUGCUCCUGCUAUGUCCAAUUAGCCUGACCUUAUUUGUUUGGCAAAAGAAGCAGAGACAGCUUAAGAAAAAAGUAUUAUUGGCACUCAUCUCAGGUCAUAGUAACACCGAUGAAAGCCAAAAGGAAAAUUUGCAGUUGCCAUUGUUGGAGUUGACUACAAUUGAGAAAGCUACUGAUAACUUCUCAAUAAACAAUCAGCUGGGACAGGGCGGAUUUGGCCUUGUUUACAAGGGUAGGCUGGAAGAUGGACAAGAAAUAGCUGUAAAGCGGCUGUCUAAAACUUCUAGACAAGGAAUUGAUGAGUUCAAGAAUGAAGUCAUCUGUAUUGCCAAACUUCAGCAUCGAAAUCUCGUGAAGCUUCUAGGGUGCUGCACUCAAGCGGAAGAAAGAAUGUUAAUCUAUGAAUUCAUGCCUAACAAAAGCCUGGACUCCUUUAUUUUUGAUGAAAGUAGGCGAACAUUACUGGAUUGGCCAAAGCGAUAUAAAAUUAUCAAUGGGAUUGCUCGUGGGCUUCUCUAUCUUCAUCAAGAUUCCAGACUCAGAAUCAUUCAUAGAGAUCUCAAAGCAAGCAAUAUUUUGCUAGAUAUUGAAAUGAACCCAAAAAUAUCAGACUUUGGCAUGGCUAGAAUUUUUGGAGGAAAUGAGACAGAACAAAAUACAGAGAGAGUGGUUGGAACAUAUGGUUACAUGUCUCCAGAAUACGCGGUAGAUGGGCUUUUCUCCGUAAAGUCGGAUGUUUUCAGUUUUGGUGUUCUUAUGCUGGAGAUUGUGAGUGGGAAGAGAAACAGAGGUUUCUUCCGUCCAGAUCACUAUCUCAACCUCCUUGGACAUGCAUGGACACUACAUAAAGAAGAUAGGUCAAUUGAACUGAUUGAUCCGACUUUAAAGGAAGCAUGCUGUCCACCAGAAGUGUUGCGAUCCAUCCAUGUUGGUCUAUUAUGCGUGCAACAACACCCUGAAGACAGGCCAAGUAUGUCAUCCGUGGUUCUGAUGUUGGGAAGUGAAGGUUCGUUGCCAUGGCCCACACAGCCUGGAUUUUUCACCGAAAGGAAUCUUUUUGAAGCCAAUACUUCAUCUAGCAAGAGUGCACCAAUUUCAACUUUAACCAAUGAUUUGACCCAACAUCCAGAGGAUAUGCCAAGUAUGUCAUUUGUGGUUCUGACGUUGGGUGGUGAGGGUGCAUUGCCUCAGUCAAUACAACCUGGAAGUAACCAGAAACCACGUACGUAUACCCAACAAGUAGAAAGCAUGAGGACAUCAUCUAAUGAAGGCUUCACCAUACUUCUUUUCUUAUCCUCUUUAUUUUCAGUCUCAUUGGUCUCUGAAGCUGCAGACACCAUAACGACUGUUCAAUUCAUCACAGAAAAUGAGACCAUUGUUUCAGCUGGUGGAGGCUUUGAACUGGGAUUUUUCAGUCCCGGUAGUUCCAAGAAUCGAUACUUGGGGAUAUGGUACAAAAAAAUAACUCCUAGAACCGUGGUAUGGCUUGCUAACAGGGAAACUCCUAUCACCGAUGCAUCAGGUGUGUUAAAGGUCGUCAACCCUGGAAUUCUUGUCCUCUUCAACGGAUCUGGCAACGUUGUAUGGUCUGCCAAUACGUCAAGGUCUGUACACAACCCAAUUGCGCAACUUUUGGAGUCUGGAAAUUUUGUUUUGCGAAAUGCAAAUGAUGACAACCCAGAGAAUUUCCUUUGGCAGAGUUUUGAUUAUCCAGUUGACACACUGUUACCAGGUAUGAAGCUGGGAAAGAACUUGUUAGUUGGGCUAGAUCGCCGCUUGUCAUCGUGGAAGAGUGAUGAUGAUCCGGCUCAAAGUGAUUAUACAUUCGGGAUGAAUACUCAUGGAUAUCCCCAAUUGAUUGCAGACAAUGUUACUACUGUGAUGUACCGGUCUGGCCCAUGGAAUGGUCUUUCAUUUAGUGGGGCGCAGAACUUAAAACAUAACACCAUUUACAAAUUCAAAUUUGUAUUUAACAGAGAAGAAGUGUAUUAUGGUUACGAGCUUCUCAACCACUCAGUUGUUUCAAGGUUAGUGUUGCGCCAGAAUGGUAUUCUGAACCGCUGGACAUGGGUUGAUCGGAAACAAGGCUGGAUCCAUUACAAUACUGCACCAGCUGAUACCUGUGACAAUUAUGGAUCAUGUGGUGCUUAUGGUAGCUGUGACAUUGGCAAUUUCCCAAUAUGCGGUUGUUUAGACAAAUUUGUGCCCAGGAACCCAAAGGAUUGGGGUAUGGGAGAUUGGUCAAAUGGAUGCAUGCGGAGGACAAUAUUGGCUUGUCACAAGGGAGAGGGAUUCCUGAAGUAUUCCCGAGUCAAACUUCCAGACACGCAGAAAUCAUGGUUCAAUGAGACCAUGACCCUUGAGGAAUGUGGGAAAAUGUGCUUGGUGAACUGCUCUUGUAUGGCAUAUGCAAAUCUUGACAUACGGGGCGGAGGAACUGGCUGCUUGCUUUGGUUUGGGGAUCUAAUUGAUAUAAGAGAGUUUAGUACAGGCGGGCAAGAUAUCUAUGUGAGGAUGGCGGCCUCUGAGUUAGGGGAGACUGCUCCUACUGGCCUCUCCCUGGCUCCAUCUCCAGGAGUCCCCCGAGUUGGCUCCAAUGGGAAGAGAAGGGACAGAAUUAUAAUCAGCUUGGCAUUAACAAUAGGAAUGCUCCUGCUAUGUCCGAGCCUGACCUUCUUUGUUUGGCAAAAGAAGCAGAGACAGUUUAAGAAAAAAGUAUUAUUGGCAAUCACCUCCGGGCAUAAUAACACAGAUGAAAGCCAGAAGGAAGAUUUGCAGUUGCCAAUGUUGGAGUUGACUACAAUUGAGAAAGCUACUGAUAACUUCUCAAUAAACAAUAAGCUGGGACAGGGUGGAUUUGGCCCUGUUUACAAGGGUAGGUUGGAAGACGGACAAGAAAUAGCUGUAAAGCGGCUGUCUAAAACUUCUAGACAAGGAAUUGAUGAGUUCAAGAAUGAAGUCAUCUGUAUUGCCAAACUUCAGCACCGAAAUCUCGUAAAGCUUCUAGGGUGCUGCACUCAAGGAGAAGAAAGGAUAUUAAUCUACGAAUUCAUGCCUAACAAAAGCCUGGACUCCUUUAUUUUUGAUGAAAGCAGGCGAACAUUACUGGAUUGGCCAAAGCGAUAUAAAAUUAUCAAUGGGAUUGCUCGUGGGCUUCUCUAUCUUCAUCAAGAUUCCAGACUCAGAAUCAUUCAUAGAGAUCUCAAAGCAAGCAAUAUUUUGCUUGAUAUUGAAAUGAACCCAAAAAUAUCAGACUUUGGCAUGGCUAGAAUUUUUGGAGGAAAUGAGACAGAACAAAAUACAGAGAGAGUGGUUGGAACAUAUGGUUACAUGUCUCCAGAAUACGCGGUAGAUGGGUUUUUCUCCAUAAAGUCGGAUGUUUUCAGUUUUGGUGUUCUUAUGCUGGAGAUUGUGAGUGGGAAGAGAAACAGAGGUUUCUUCCGUCCAGAUCACUAUCUCAACCUCCUUGGACAUGCAUGGACACUACGUAAAGAAGAUAGGUCAAUUGAACUGAUAGAUCCGACUUUAAAGGAAUCAUGCUGUCCGCCAGAGGUGUUGCGAUCCAUCCAUGUUGGUCUAUUAUGCGUGCAACAACACCCUGAAGACAGGCCAAGUAUGUCGUCUGUGGUUCUGAUGUUGGGAAGUGAAGGUUCGUUGCCAUGGCCCAAACAGCCUGGAUUUUUCACCGAAAGGAAUGUUUUUGAAGCCGAUACUUCAUCUAGCAAGAAUGCACCAAGUUCAACUUCAACCAAUGAUUUAACCAUCACCGUACUGGAGCCUCGAUAAUGUAACUAUGUGAAAUGAUAGACGCGUAAAUGUUCACAUACGCGCCCCCUAAUUUAUCCUUGAAAAGUCCGUUUAUAUUGUUACUCCGAAAUUUAAUGGUUGAUUUUCGUAUUGUAGGUAUUUUGAAGAAUAUAUUGGAAUACAUUCUUAGUCAUGGUUAGAGCUA